CGCCAUUGAUGUCAAUGUACACAAACUGAAUGUUGUCAAGUUAAUAUCAGUGUGUCCAUUAAGAUGUAAAGCAACAUGCCGCGAAAGUUACCAUUCCGAGUGAUUCAUGUGUCUGGUCAAGAUGAGAGUUACAGGGCAGCAGAGCUUAAUUAUCACAGCCCCUUAACGAAGGGAUGGCAGUCCUCAAGAUACUGCCUGUACCCACAGGACAUAGUUUUACAGCUAGAACACAGGUCUAGGCUGCGGAAAAUUCAGAUCCUCUCCCACCAGUACCUGAUAGCAACAAAAAUCGAGUUCUUUGUUGGGGAUGUACCUGAUGAGCAGACACAAGAUUUGGAAAACGCACGCUACACACGACUUGGGUACGUGUCUUUAUCAGACAAUGAGAAGACUGGAUACAAGGCGCGAGAGCUGAAGUCGGUACAUGUGGAUGCCAUCGGACUGUUCCUAAAACUGAACAUCCACAAAAAUCACAUCAACAAGUAUAAUCUCUAUAACCAGGUUGGUAUCAUUGCUAUCAAUGUGAUUGGAGAUGAAAUCAAACAGAGACCUACAGAUAUUACAGACCCAGAUUUGUUUUUGGAUCAUGAAAAGAGGAAGGCAAUUGAGGGUGACCCUUCAUUAGAAGGACUCUACAACAAACCUGACUUUAUUUCACCCCUGGAUGAUUUGGCUUUUGAUAUGUAUCAAGAUCCGGAGAUAGCAGGCAUUAUCCGAAAAUUAGAAAAGAAAAAGCAGGAAGCCGUUUUACAGGAGCGAUUUGAGUAUGCUAAGAGAUUGAAAGCUGCGAUAUCAGAGCUACAGAAGGUGGGGGAGAAGCUGGGGAAAUAUGAAGUGGAGAAGAGACAGGCUGUAGAGAAUGAGGAUUAUGACAAGGCCAAACUAAAGAAAGUCCAGAUGGAUGAGUACAGAUUACAGGUCUACAAAGAUCUCAAUCUACCAGACUUACUGGAAACUUCAGGGUCAAGGCAUCCACAAACUAUUGACUUGGAACCUAUUCGUCAGCCGACUCCGCCACGAUUACAGGAGUUAUCCUAUAGGACCCCACCCCACAGUCCCCCACCCAGGACACCAUAUGAUGAGAGACCCCUCCCAGCCAUGAAAAAUAAAGACACAAAGCCGUCCAGUGAUUCCCCUCCCCCUCCUAGAACCCCUUACGAUGAGCGGUUAUUGCCAGUCAAACCCCCAUCUGUCCCAGAGGAAGAAGAUCCCCCUCCAGAGAGUAGUGCAGGAAUCACGGGAGAACCUGAGCCAAUGUCAGAAAAGGAAUUGAGAGAGGCCUCCUACGCCAUUGACGUGUUUGGAGAACCUUUGGUCUCUAAAGCUUACAGUAAGACAUGGUCCUACAGGGAGGAUGCCCUAUUAGCUGUGUACAAACAGAUCCAGGAGACCAGCGUGUCUGGAAAAGAGGAGUGUAGGAAUAUACUCAGGGCAGCCAUCUUCCUAGUCAAGAGAGCCAUUGACGACAAGGUCUAUGCUGUGUUCAAGGCUGGUUUACAUCUGCUGAAAAUGAUCCUGACUGAAUUCAUUCCCCAACACAAAUUACAAAAACAGGACACUAUUUAUGCAGUGGAGAAAACAAUCCCAAAUCUUCUACAUAAGGCAGGAGAUACUGCGGCAAGAUGUCGUGAAGAUGCAAAGAACUUUGUGUUGGAUGAAGCUAGCUUUACUGAUGUUAAGCCAACCAAUAUAGUCCCCCAUGAGUGUGUGAAGCCAUUUAAGUUAACACUGGCUCCUCGGCAAGCUCAAUCACAGUGUGAAAUAGUGGAGGCCUUGUACAAAAAGCUCGGAAUCAAAUCCAACACUGGCUUGACAUUAGAAAACCUGAUGCAGUUCUGUGUGACAGCACUUGGUCAUCAUGCAGGGGAGGUGAGGGAUGUAGCAGAGCGCAUCAUAAAAGAUCUAUAUAGGGAAGUAAAAGAUCCUGUCAAGGACUACCUCCCACCCGACAACGAAAAAAAUCGUAAAAUUACACUCUACAGGCAGUUGUUUGAAUACUUCGACAAAGUGGAUGGAAAACCUAGUAAAGGAGAUAUAAAGAAAAAGAGGGCAGACGAGGAGAAAAAGAAACAGCAGGAAAUUGACAUGUUACAACAGCAACUGCAACAACUGAAAGAUAUGGCUUCUGGUAAACAGCCAAUUGAUGAGUCUUUGGUAGAAUCCAAGAAACCAGCCCCUAGGAGACCUAGUGUUGCAUCAAAGAAGAUGGGCCAGAAACCUGAUCCAAAGAAAAAGAAUGAUAAAAAGAAGCAGAAGGAUGAUGACGAUGUUUCCAUGUACAAUAUGGACAACAUCUGUAUUUUCUGUGGAGAGAGAAAUGAGAGCUUUACAGAGGAAGGAUUAGAUCUGCAUUAUUGGAAACAUUGCCCUAUGUUAAAGAGAUGUACUAACUGUAAACAGGUUGUGGAGAUAGCCAGCUACACAGAACAUUUACUGACGGAGUGCGAGGCUAAAUCUAACUACUCCAAGUGUCCGCGAUGUUCAGAGGCUAUUCCUAAGUCAGACUUUGAUGAACAUGUAGCUGCAAAAAGCUGUAAUCCUUCCAAGCAAGGCUUUAACCACUGUCCACUGUGUCACCAGAAUAUAGGGGGUGGAGAGGAAGGAUGGAAAUCCCACUUAAUGAGCAGGGAAGGGUGUAAACAGAACCCCAGAAGACUCCUGGCCCUCAAUAAACCAGCAGCAGGGAAAUCGAAAGCUGCACCAAAGGGCAAGAAAACUCCACGAUAAAUUCCAGGACAUUUGGAUUUUAUUUACGUGCUUCUCUGUGAUAUUAUUCUGGAUUAUAGUUCAUGAUUUAACCCAAUCAGAUUCCAACCCUUAGAACAUCGAGUUAGACAUUUUCAGAAAUGGAUGCAAUAUGUAGAAUAGCUACAUAUAUACUGUAUAUUAUUUUAUGUAAACUUUAUGCAUAGUUUUAUAUAGUGCUGAUAUACAUCCAAAUUUUCAUAAGAAAAUGUUACAAAAUGUUGAUGCUGCACAAUUCUGCUGCCCCUAGUGCCAAUAACUUUAUUAUAAAAAGAUGUGCUGAGGAAAUUCAGAAUCUCGGGAUUGUUCAUGUAACACACUCUCGUAAAAUUUGUUUAUGUUGUGUGUUUUGGUGAAUGCAAUCAAGGGAACCGUUUUGUUUAUUUGUUUUCUUAAGUGGGAUUUUGAGGUCUUAGUUUUGUAUGUGACUUUUAAUCGUCAUGCACAGUCUUACAUGUAUAUGUAGGUCUGUAAAUUCUCUCUUUUUUCUCGUGAUUCUUUGUUACUACCAUCUUACCUCAAAGUUUUUAAUUAAUCUUCCAUCAGGUUCUGAAACUAAUCAAAAUGUUCAUUUUAAAAUGCUCCCAGAAAAAAAACAAUCAUUGUCUUAAAUUUUCCCUGUCGGCUAGUUUUGUCAAUUUGAUCUGCAAGUACAAGACUGUGUACUACUGUGUAGUUCCAGUUGUGUAGAUGCUAGUAUGCAUUUUUUAUGGGAAAGCAAGUUUUAUCAAGUUUAGGAAAAUGAGAGGCAGGAAUUAAAGCAUAUUAUAGGUA